AUUUCUUUUUGUGUUUCAUUUUAGGAAAACAUAUGCAACUAAUUCUGACUUGUAGUAAUGGGCAGUUUUUUUAAAACUAACUGCCGCAACGAAUGGUCUGACCACUACUGUGAUUUGGGAAAUAUUUGUGCUCUGUUUUCAAAAAUUAUUGGAUUUACUGCUAUUCUUCCACAAAUUUACCAAAUAUGGAAUUACCAAUCUGUUGAUGCACUUCAUGUAUUGUGGCCCACUGCAUUAGUAACAGCAGCCAUAUCAAAUGCAUUCUUUAUCUUUGCCACUGAAGACAGGUCAUUUUUUAAGAUAACGGCCAUUUACAACCCUAUUUUAUACAUGAUAUUUGUUAUUGAGUUUUGGAUAUUCACCAACAAAAAUGCUCAACGGAAGAUGUCAUAUGCUGCUAUGUGUAUUAUUUUAUGGGCUAGUUUGUUGACGAUUGAACUAACUGUAAACUCUCUUAAUGGACCAAAACAAUUGGAAUGGAUAAGUGUGGUGAUAUAUUCUGUCAAAGUACUUCCACAAAUGAUUUUAAAUAUCCAGUUAAGGACAACUUUUGGACAGUCAACAAUGUCGGUGUUCUUGUAUUGUUUGGUAUCAUCAUUUGCAUUUACAUCAGCAUAUUUACUGCAAGUUGAUUUAAAGUACCGUAUAAUGCAUUAUCUAUCAUCGUCACUUGCAUAUAUCAAUGCUAUUCAGGUUAUUUGGUAUCCAAGACCUGUAGUCAAGAAACAUCAACAGAUCAGAUAUGGCACAAUCAUUGACUCACAGGACUAUUCUGUCCCUCCUGAAGAGAGAAUAACCGUUGUUGAAGAGACAACAGAAGAAAUAGUUCCAAUUACACCUGCAUUUACAGAAAUGGAACUGUCAAAGCUUAGCUCCUCGUAUGGUUCUUCUUUGGGAAGGAGUCAAACUAUUAACGUUUUGGGUUAUUUUCAAAGACUAAAAGAAAAAUCUUGGUGGCAGCUGUUAUUUUUGCUUUUUUUACUUUCUGGAUUAGUGCUCUUUACUGUUGGACUCAGUAUAACUGUAAACACGUUUUGGACUGUGUUUGGACCAGUCUCCAUGUUUGGGUUGCUGUUUAUUACUUCUCUUUAUAGAGAUUACAAGGAAGGAUCCUUAAGUUUUUACUGCCUUACCGAGUUACGGUACAAAAUUUAUGGUGAAUCCUUGUGAAAGAGCUCUGUAUUGUAUUUCCAUAAGAUGGCCAUCACCAACUAUUGCUGUUAAACUAUGUUGGGACUGAAAUAGAAAUAAUUUAAGAAUUUAUUUAUUUAACAUCUCUUUGGUAGGCAAAUUAAAUAAUAUAAUUUUCUAUGUGCAGUUUGUGUUUAUGUUACUAGUUUGUUGUUUUCUGUGGCACCAUUUGUUACAUAAUUUUCAUAUAAUGUUUUAUAUUUUUAAUUUAUGCAAUGUGCAAUACUGUACACCACAUUUUCAUUGCUUAAAUCUCUUAUUUUUUACAUAUGACUAUAAAAUUUAUUUACCUGCUCAAAACAAAACAAAAUGUAUAUAUACUUUUCUCCGAAAGUCGUAUAUAUUGGCUUUACUUUAACUACUCUCUAAUUUCAGUAAAAAAAAUUUAUAUUCAAAUAAUUUGAAACUUACACUGUACCUUUAAUUUUUGAGGGGGUCAUUGUACAUAAUGUAUAAACAUACAAUCUGAAAGUGCAUGAAAAUUAUUUGUGAGGAUUCCCACCAUUUCAAUAUAAAACGUAAGUAAAUACGAAGGUGUGUUAAGCACAUAAAAUUCAAAAUUUAUCUUACAACUGACGUAAAUGCAUCUUGAAAUACAACAGACUUGCCUAAAGUAAACACCAAUAACCGAAAACUGAGUUAAAAAAGUUUAAACCCUGAUUAACAUUUUUGAGAAAAACAAAAAUUUUAUGUUAAACCAUGUAUCUAUUGAAUAUGAACUAUGAACUCUUUUCCUAUUUCGAAACUCUCAUUCUCGUUUCAAUAAUCUAUGUGCUGAGAAAGUAACAACUGAAUUUUUCUCCAUAAACUUGCUUCUAGAUAGAGGUUAACCCAAAUUACAAGGACUUUUCUUCUGUGUGGUAGAGUUAUUCUAGUAAAAAUGUUAGGGAAAUGUUACAUAUAUAGUGUUAUAAAUGUAUUGAAAAAUUUGACCAUCACAAAAUUUAGCAUUUUCUGCCACUUUAGUGUUAUGAUUUUUGUAGUUUAUGUAGUUGUAAAACAAUACAGUAUAGUAUAUAAUGUUCAAUGCUUGUGAAUUUAAAUUCCAUUAUAUUUUUUGUUUAGUUUUUUUAGAUCUUUUUUUAAGAUAUAUUUUCAAAUAAAAUGAAUUUCUUGAGAAUUUCUUAUGUGUAUAAAAUACAGUUUGAAUUUAGUAUUAAAUAGUUAUGUUUUAUUUUUAUAAGCAACUGAGCCAAGACUUGGGUUCUAAAUUAAAAUUAAGCAGGUCAACCACACAAGCGAGACAGUACAACAAUAACAAAUUUGCUUAACUUUUUUUCAGUAUACCUAUUUAUCGUUCAGGGAAAUAACAAACUAAAGCUUAGUUCCCAUUAAAAUCCGUAUUGUGCAAUAGUUGUAGAGAUAGAAAAAAUUAUUUCUCCACAACAUUUGUUGUGUUAAUUUAUUUUUAUUUUUGUAAGCGUGAAAGUUUGUAUCUUUGUAUAUAUUAUAGUAGGUUCUGUUUACACACAAAACUGACAUUGUAAUUUUGAAAAUCGAUUUCUUAUUAUAAGUUUCCUGUUUUCUGUGACACAGC